CAGCGCGCACUCGCGCGUGCGUGAGCUGGCGCGCGAGAAAGCGCUCGGUCGCGCCGAGGCUCGAGCGGCCGUCGCCAUUUUGUAGGGUUCUCUCUGACGCGGGACCCGCCGCCACCGCCGGCACCACCCGGAGGCUUUGGUCAGGAUGGUGAAGCUGUUCAUUGGAAAUCUGCCCCGGGAGGCCACAGAGCAAGAGAUCCGCUCACUCUUUGAGCAGUACGGGAAGGUGCUGGAAUGUGACAUCAUUAAGAACUAUGGCUUUGUGCACAUAGAGGACAAGACGGCCGCUGAGGAUGCCAUACGCAACCUGCAUCACUACAAGCUGCACGGAGUGAACAUCAAUGUGGAAGCCAGCAAGAAUAAGAGCAAAGCUUCAACCAAGUUACAUGUGGGCAACAUCAGUCCCACUUGUACCAACCAAGAGCUUCGGGCCAAGUUUGAGGAGUAUGGUCCAGUCAUUGAAUGUGACAUCGUGAAAGAUUAUGCCUUUGUACACAUGGAGCGGGCAGAGGAUGCAGUGGAGGCCAUCAGGGGCCUUGACAACACAGAGUUCCAAGGCAAAAGGAUGCACGUGCAGUUGUCCACCAGCCGACUUAGGACUGCGCCCGGGAUGGGAGACCAGAGCGGCUGCUAUCGGUGCGGGAAAGAAGGACACUGGUCCAAAGAGUGCCCAGUAGACCGUACAGGGCGCGUGGCAGACUUUACUGAACAGUACAAUGAACAAUAUGGAGCAGUGCGCACACCCUAUACCAUGGGUUAUGGGGAAUCCGUCUAUUACAACGAUGCCUACGGAGCACUUGACUACUAUAAGCGCUACCGGGUCCGAUCUUACGAAGCUGUGGCAGCAGCGGCUGCAGCUUCUGCAUACAAUUAUGCAGAGCAGACUAUGUCUCAUCUUCCUCAAGUCCAGAGCUCGGCUGUACCCACUCACCUCAACUCCACUUCUGUUGACCCCUAUGACAGACACCUAUUGCAGAACUCCGGCUCAGCUGCCACCUCAGUAGCCAUGGCUGCUGCUGCCCCUUCCUCCUAUUAUGGAAGGGACAGAAGCCCACUACGUCGGAAUGCAGCUGUGCUCCCUACAGUUGGAGAGGGCUACGGUUAUGGGCCAGAGAGUGAGAUGUCUCAGGCUUCAGCAGCAACACGGAAUUCUCUGUAUGACAUGGCCCGGUAUGAGCGGGAGCAGUAUGUGGACCGAGCACGGUACUCAGCCUUUUAAAAACUGGAGGUGUGAACCUCAAAUGGACUGAAUAACCCUGAGUUGGUUGCAGUCCCAGGAGCCUGAUGUUAAUGAGGCUGCCAGGAUGAAAUACUCCACAACUGUUGGGGAUCCAAAUUCGGGUCUCACCCUAACAGAACUGAUCCAAGAACAUCACAGCUUUUGAAGUCGAUUGGCACAGAUCAAGACCAAGAUUUGGCCCUGUGUCUGUAUUAAGUAGAGGAGCUUGGUGUGAGUUAAUUUUUUUUUUCCCCCAGCCAUUGGUGUCUGGAGUUCCCAUCAUCAAUGGAAAAAUUAGACAGUCCUAGCAGUGGUUUCUUCUUUUGUCAAGGGAUAUUUGGUCAAUUAGGAAACUACUGCAUCUAUAGUUCUGAACUGACAGUGUGACAAGUAGAAACCUUAAAGGGUGAAUGACCAACUGUUCUUUGAGACGCUAGUCUUUGUGACUAUGUUUUUUUGAAUGUUUUCUUUGGAACAUUUGUAAUAGUAAAAUUGGGCUGGGCAUGGGUGGUGGAUGCCUGUUGUCCCAUCUACUCAGGAUUGCUUUAGGACAGAAGUUCAUGGUCAUCUUGAGCAACAUAAUUAAAUCCCAUCUCUUAAGAAAAAAAAUUGACUAUACCUCAUUCUUAGCAUCUUUUGCAUUUUUUUCCUGGACAAUAUUCUUACAAAAUUAAUCUGUAGCUACUGAAAAAUUCAUACCUUCUUUGAAGCAGUGGUAGCCUUCUGCUAAAGGGGUUGGGUUACCUAAGUUAAAAGAAAGCUGAGUUUAUCACUAUCAGCAGUUUUGCAUCUUGUGCAGCAUACAGCUCUAAGUAGAUUCCUAGAUGUAGCUAUUAGGCUCCUGGGUGAUUUUGUGGGAUAUACAUUCAACCCAGUCUGACUUGAUUUUGUUUUGUUCUUUGUUUCUCCCCCUUCCCCCCACUCCCCCAGAAUACAGGACGGGACCAGGGCCCUUGUACUCGGAACCAGGCUGCUUGCUCUCCAGGCAUUGUGUAAGCCUCUUGUGUUGUGCUUUCUUUCAGGUAGGAUAAUUGCGGACUGAACCCUCGGGCUGCGAUCAUAUAUGAGAACUUGGUCCUCGUGGUCCCCUUUGCCGGGAUGUUUCCAUUGCUUCAUGUUUCAGUAAACAAAGGAAUUUGUGACCAA